GUUUUUUUAAAACAUCUCAUGAGCAAAGCACCAGGUUUGCCAGUGGCGCCGCCACUCCUUGCCCCGCAGGUGCCGUAUGCGUCUGAUGGCACAAACCCCAUGUCCAUGCAUGCUUCAUUUUCCCAUCCUCCAGUCCAUGUAGCACCGAAACCGCUGGUGCUCCCGCUUCCCAAGCGAGAUGUCCUCGCGCCAUUGAGUUUAGAGCGGGAGGUCCGGGGCACCAAGCACGCAUCGUCGAACGCUGUGCUGUUUCACGUCAAAUCUGGUGCUGGGGUGCUGUAUUCCCUUCUCAACCCAUCAUCUCCUGCGUACGAGCCACCGGACGUCACAUGGCUCAAGCUGCUGGAAGCCAUCGCACUGCUGCCGUCGGGGAAGCCGCAAGGGAUGGUCGAGAUCAUCGGCGAAGUGUACCGCAUCAUGCCGAUGGGGGAGUUCCGCAAUCGAUUCCAGAGCGACUUUCGCCACGAGUUGUACGUGAAGAGCAAGAUGACGCCGCGCGAAGGCCUCGUGCUCAAGGAUAAGGUAAACCGCUUCAUCAGGGCGUACAUGGCAGAUCCAAUCCACGGCUACGUCUUUUCCAAAACCCACAUCCAUCACGACUAUCAUGCAGACGACGUCGUCCAGACGCCCGUGGGGAACGGACGCGUGCGCGCUUACCGUGCCCAGGACGACUAUUACAUUGUCGUGUUUCCCUGGGGUCAUGGCUACAUCCACAGCGCCAGUCUGUCGUCGGCGUCCGCCACGUCGGUCAAUGACUCGGCCGACACCACACCUCAUUCGUUGAAGCGUUCGCUGGCUGCGGCGGCGGGGAUACCCCACUCAUCCUCGAAGUCCAUGAAGACAGCGACGACAGUGUUGGACGACAUCAUGCAUCGCCCUCCCGACUCGAUCGUGCCAAAGGCGUACUUGGUGGCAUUGGCUCAACAGCUCAACCAAGUUUAGGAUGACACAGUGGAUAAGUUGAGUAGUACUUUGAUCUGUCGAUACACUUGGUCCGCUUACAUCGUUAACGUUGUGUAAUCUUGCAGUCACUCCACC